AUGGACUCUGUGACCGGAGCUCCUACUGGAGGGCUUCCUGUGACCAUCAUCAACAACAUCAACCCCCAAGUGACCCCGACUUCAGCAACGCUAGCUCAACCUAACACCCAAAGCCCAAUGGACGCUAUGAUGUCUGAUGCGUCGCGUCCUACUUACUUCUACCAAGGUCCCACAGUCGCGAACCCAUCUGGAACUCCGAACAUCUUCCUACCCAACACCACGUCCAGUCAACCCAGUUCUUUUGCUCAGCAGCAACCUCCAUCCAGACCGUUCAUGUACCUAAGCAAUGGAUUUAUUACUAUGCCCCGUUAUACGCCGAAUCAGUAUUAUGGUGAACUGAACAACAUCGGUCAUCAGUUGGAAUACGUCCCUACCGGAGAUCAAGGCCGCACGUACACCAACCUCCAUGCACGAAGCCUCUCCAACCCACAGGGCCAGUAUAAUUACCACGGCCUUCCUGCCUACCCCCAGCGGGAUCAGCGCUCAAGCAAUACCCAGCCGGCAAUGACCAUGAUGACGCAGCCAUCAGUGCCUAGCGUUGUCUCACCAAGCACCACAUCGAUGAACAACUCUGACAUGACACCGUCUGCUCCGGCUACACUUCGACCUCGCAGUUACGUGCCCCCUCAGUCGGUGUCUGUUUUGGGAGCGGACCAACAAAUAAGUCAGCACCGAACCACCGCCGUCCUCUCUCCAGCGCCGAUAUCACCGGGAUAUCAACAGCAGCUGCAAGCUCAGCGGCAGUCUCAUGCUGCAGGUCCGCUCCCCCGCCUAAGGCCGCGUCCUGUGGCGGAUGACGGGCCCUCCGUCGCUCCUGCGAGGGUGGCAGCCACACAGGCUUCAUCAGGCCAGCUCUCAGCAACCGCCAUCAUGUCGUCGGCUCCAAUGGGUACGGGGUCUGCAAGGACGUAUGCACGGUUUAACCCCCAGCGGCUGGAAAUGGCUCGACGAAUGCAUGUGACGCAAUUGCUCCAUCAUGCUCGACAAUACAACUCCCAGGCUUCGCAGGCCCAUUUAGGGGCUCCUAUGCAGCGCCAGCGUCAGCGUCAUGGUCUCGGAUCCAACUCGGCUGGCCCGUCUCCGAGUCUCGAUAACCCGAAAGAUGGUCGCCCCGAACCUAAGGAAGGGCACGAAAUGCAGGUAUCACUUGAGUGCAAGAUUUGCUUCACCCAGUUGGUCGACACGGUAUUGCUCCCGUGCGGUCAUGCCGUCCUUUGUCGAUGGUGCGCUGAGAUCCAGAUUCCGAGUAGCGCCCUGGAACCCGGCAUGCUAAGUGGGCAACCCACUUGUGUGAUAUGCCGAGCAACUGUUAAGCAGAAGGUAUGGCCACUUGUAUCCUCUCGAAUCCAGCAUGUCGCUCACUAA